AUGGUGAACAAGAAGCCUAGCAUGGGUCGCCAAAAGAUUAAGAUUGAAAAAAUAUCCAAGAAGAGUCAUCUACAAGUCACCUUCUCCAAACGACGUGCUGGUCUUUUCAAGAAGGCUAGUGAACUCAGCACGCUUUGUGGAGUAGAUAUAGCAAUGAUAGUUUUCUCCCCAGCACAGAAGGCCUUUUCCUUUGGCCACCCUAAUGUUGAUUCUAUCAUGGAUCGGUUUCUUACUGGAAACCCUCCUCCUUCGAGUUCCGGCAUGCACCAACUCAUCGAAACCCAGCGAAAUGCUAAUGUUUGUGAGCAUAAUAUGCAGUUAACUCAGAUUCUUAAUCAAUUAGAGGCCGAAAAAAAUAUGGAGAAGUACUUGACAAAACGAGGAAAAGCACUAGAAGCCAAUGUUUUUGGGAAGCUCCCAUUGAAGAACUUGAGUUGCAUGAACUUGAACAAUUAA